AUUUUGUGUUCUAAGUCUUAAUUGUUCGAUAUUAACCCUCUAAAAUUAACAAUUGUUCGAUUUGGCCCAUUGUGUUUCAAUUGCUCGAUUUUUUGACCGAAAAAAGUUGUUUCGAUGAUAUUUAGAUGUUAAAAGAAAUAAAAUUAGGGGGUUACAAAUGCAAAAAGAGAUAAAAUUUUGGAACCAAAAUCGAUCAAUUAAAAUUUAAGGGGUUAAAAUCGAACAAUUGUAAAAUUUAAGGGAUUCAAAUUGAGCAAUUUAAACUUAAAGGGGCAAAAACCAAACAAUUUGAAACUUUAGGGUCAAAACAGUAUUUAAUCCUAGUAAUUAUCUCUAUAUAUAUUGCUUUUACUUGGUUCCUUAGUUAUUGAAUUCCUGGAUUCACUAUCAUCAUUAGAUUUUCUUCUUAGAGAUGGAAUCUAUGAUGAUCAAGACAUGGUUGCUGUUACCUAUGCUUUUCUUGUCUGCAAACUAUUUGAUACAAUGUGUCAAUGGAAAACCCCAAGUACCUUGUUUGUUUAUCUUUGGUGACUCUAUGUCUGAUAGUGGAAACAACAAUAACCUUCCUACUGCUGCAAAAGUUAAUUACAAUCCUUAUGGAAUCGACUUUCCAAAUGGCCCAACCGGAAGAUUUACCAACGGACGAACUCAGAUUGACAUAAUAACUCAACUUCUUGGAUUUAAGAAAUUCAUUCCACCAUAUGCAAACCUUAAUGGUUCAGACAUUCUCAAAGGUGUGAACUAUGCAUCUGGUGGAGCUGGAAUUCGUGACGAUACAAGCAAGACUACUAUGGGUUUUGUUUUCAGCUUGGGAUUGCAGUUAGAAAAUCACAGAGUUAUAGUUUCUCAAAUUGCUAGCAAACUUGGAAGUAUUAAGAAAGCGCAACGACACCUUAACAAAUGCUUGUACUAUGUGCAUAUAGGAAGUAAUGACUACAUAAACAAUUACUUUGUUCCCCAAUACUAUCCAACAAGCCAAAUUUAUAACACUGAGCAGUAUGCAGAAGCUCUAAUUCAAGAGUUAUCUUUGAAUUUACAGGCUUUACAUGCUAUUGAAGCAAGAAAAUAUGUGUUGGUUGGGUUGGGCGAUUUGGGCUGCACUCCAAAUGCCAUCAUUACUCAUAAAAGAGAUGGAACUUGUGUUGAUGAGCAAAAUGCAGCUGCAUCAAUUUUUGAUAACAAACUUAAAUCUCUAGUGGAUAAUUUGAAUAAAAAGUUCUCUGCUGAUUCCACAUUCAUCAUCUCAAACAGUUCACUAAAAUCAGCUAACAAGAAUUCAAAUGGUUUUUUGGUAGUAAAUGCUCCUUGUUGUCCAUCAUUGUUGGUUGGUGGAUUGUGUAUUCCUGAUGAAAAGGCAUGCUCUAAUAGGGAUGAAUAUGUGUUUUGGGAUCAAUUCCAUACCACUGAGGCUUGGAAUCAAGUCAUUGCAACAUUGUCUUAUAAUUCAUUUAAGCACCUUGUUGAACAAGAAACUAAGAUGAAAUUGGAGCCUAUAAAUGAGAUCACAUCUCAGCUUAGUGCCUCUAGUUAAAUAUGUUCAAAGUUAUUUGUAUGCAUUCACUUUUUUCCUACCUACAUUUGAAACAAUCUUUGCAUAUCAAAUAACAUUGUUGUAAACUAGAAUAAAAUCAAAUAAGUGUAAUUGUCCAAGAGGGGUCUCAGCUCAGUAGAAAGCAUUUGACUUUAUAUCAAGGGACAUGGUUCACAUAUCACCCGAGACAGUUGUAAAAUGGUCAUUCGACUGUCGUUAUUAAUAAUUAAAUGAAAAUAAGUGUAAUUGAUUGUCUCCCUACAA